AUGAUAUUCAUCAAUUAUAUUUAUUAUUCUUGUAUAUUACUCCUCUUUCAUAUAAAUUAUAUAUGGACAUAUGAAUGUCUUCUAUGUGCUACAAAGCUGUUUAAUUAUUCCAUUACUAUUGAUGAUCUUCCCACUCCUACUGAAGAUGAUUACAAUAUAAUCAGAGGAAAUCAUGGUUGUCAUAUACACAUCGAUUGGUUACAUGAUGGUACAAGUGAAGUACAUUAUCAAAUAGGUCCAGCUCUACCGGAUAAUAAAAUCUUAUCAGGAAUAGAACGACAAGUAAUUAUAAAUACUGGAAAAUAUUCUACUCGUAAAUUAGUUAGUUAUAGUUGUACAUCGACUAAAACUGCUUGUAAUACUAUCGAUCGUUUAAAACAUGCUAUUAAUUCAAUAACAUUUCCUACAAAUGAACAAAUAGAACAAUUUGAUACAUUAAUUAGACCUACAAAAAAUUUUAAUGCUAGUUUAUGUGCUCAAGUAUCAAAUACAACACAUUGUCCUAAACUUAAUUUAACCGAAUGUCAACAAUGUAUGAGUAUUGUUCAAUAUUCUGAAUCUACAAAUAUAUGUAAAACAUGUACAAAUGAAGAAAUACAACGAAAUUAUUUUCUUUAUUCUACAACUUUCGAUAUCGAUUCAAAAAAUCAAUCGGAAGAAAUAAGAAUUGGUUGUCAGAAUGGUUAUAUGUGCAACCUAUUAGUAGAUACUGAACGAAUAAAACAAAUUUUAGUAACAAAAUUUAAUUUUACUACAUUCAAUACUUCAAUAGCAACAACAAUGAAAUCAACUAAUAUACUCUUUUGUAUAAUCAUCUGCAUACAAUUACUUCUAAAAUGA